CCGCGGGGCUGGGCUCAAAGCCGCCCCAAUGGGAUUCGGUGCGGGGCAGCGGCUGAGCCCCGGCCUGGCACAGCGCUCCGCCGCGGAGGAGGCGGCCCGGCGCGGGCAGCGGCGGCGCAGGGUCCGUCGAGGGGAGGCCGAGCCUGCCAAGCUGGCGCCCGGCGGGGCCGUGGUGCCCGGCGCCCGCGCGCUGGCGGGGACUGCCGGGCCGGGCCUCUUGGCUCUGUUGCUUGCGGUCUCCGCCCCGCUCCGGCUGCAGGCAGAGGAGCUGGGUGAUGGCUGUGGACACCUAGUGACUUACCAGGAUAGUGGCACAAUGACAUCUAAGAAUUAUCCCGGGACCUACCCCAAUCACACCGUUUGCGAAAGGACGAUUACAGUACCAAAGGGGAAGAGACUGAUUCUGAGGUUGGGAGACUUGGAUAUUGAAUCCCAGACCUGUGCUUCUGACUAUCUUCUCUUCACCAGCUCUUCAGAUCAGUAUGGUCCGUACUGUGGAAGUAUGACUGUUCCCAAAGAACUCUUGCUGAACACAAGUGAAGUAACCGUCCGCUUUGAGAGUGGAUCCCACAUUUCUGGCCGGGGUUUUUUGCUGACCUAUGCGAGCAGCGACCAUCCAGAUUUAAUAACAUGUUUGGAACGAGCUAGCCAUUAUUUGAAGACAGAAUACAGCAAAUUCUGCCCAGCUGGUUGUAAAGACGUAGCAGGAGACAUUUCUGGGAAUAUGGUAGAUGGAUAUAGAGAUACCUCUUUAUUGUGCAAAGCUGCCAUCCAUGCAGGAAUAAUUGCUGACGAACUGGGUGGCCAGAUCAGUGUGCUUCAGCACAAAGGGAUCAGUCGAUAUGAAGGAAUCCUGGCCAAUGGUGUGCUGUCAAGGGAUGGUUCCCUGUCAGACAGGCGAUUUCUGUUUACCUCCAAUGGUUGCAGCAGAUCCUUGAGUUUGGAACCUGAUGGGCAAAUCAGAGCUUCUUCCUCAUGGCAGUCGGUCAAUGAGAGUGGAGACCAAGUUCACUGGUCUCCUGGCCAAGCCCGACUUCAGGACCAAGGCCCAUCAUGGGCUUCGGGUGACAGUAGCAACAACCACAAACCACGAGAGUGGCUGGAGAUAGAUUUGGGAGAGAAAAAGAAAAUAACAGGAAUUAGGACUACAGGAUCUACACAGUCGAAUUUCAACUUUUAUGUUAAGAGUUUUGUGAUGAACUUCAAAAACAACAAUUCUAAGUGGAAGACCUAUAAAGGAAUUGUGAAUAAUGAAGAAAAGGUGUUUCAGGGCAACUCUAACUUUCGGGACCCAGUGCAGAACAAUUUCAUCCCUCCCAUCGUGGCCAGAUAUGUACGGGUUGUCCCCCAGACAUGGCACCAGAGGAUAGCCUUGAAGGUGGAGCUCAUUGGUUGCCAGAUUACACAAGGUAAUGAUUCAUUGGUGUGGCGCAAGACAACUCAAAGCACCAGUGUUUCAACUGAGAAAGAAGAUGAGACAAUCACAAGGCCCAUCCCCUCAGAAGAAAUGCCCACAGGAAUGAACAUUACAACCGUGGCUAUUCCACUGGUGCUUCUUGUUGCCCUGCUGCUUGCUGGAAUGGGGAUCUUUGCAGCCUUUAGAAAGAAGAAGAAGAAAGGAAGUCCAUAUGGAUCAGCAGAGGCUCAGAAAACAGACUGUUGGAAGCAGAUUAAAUAUCCCUUUGCCAGACAUCAGUCAGCUGAGUUUACCAUCAGCUAUGAUAAUGAGAAGGAGAUGACACAAAAGUUAGAUCUCAUCACAAGUGAUAUGGCAGAUUACCAGCAGCCCCUCAUGAUUGGCACCGGGACAGUCACGAGGAAGGGCUCCACCUUCCGGCCCAUGGACACGGACGCCGAGGAGGCGGGGGCGGGCGCCGAUGGCGGCCACUAUGACUGCCCGCAGCGGGCCGGCCGGCACGAGUACGCGCUGCCCCUGGCGCCCCCGGAGCCCGAGUACGCCACGCCCAUCGUGGAGCGGCACCUGCUGCGCGCCCACACCUUCUCCGCGCAGAGCGGCUACCGCGUCCCGGGGCUGCGGCCUGGCCACAAACACUCCCUCUCCUCCGGCGGCUUCUCCCCGGCGGCCGGUGCGGGCGCUCAGGACCGAGACUAUCAAAGGCCACAGAGCCCGCAGCCUUCGGACAGCGGCUACGACCUGCCCAAAGCCGCCGGCGCCGUGGCCACCGAGAGCGGUCACCCUGACUCUCAGAAGCCCCCAACGCAUCCCGGGAAGAGCUAUUCCGCCCCCAGAGACUGCCUCACACCCCUCAACCAGACGGCCAUGACUGCCCUUUUGUGAACACAAUGUGAAAGAAGCCUGCUGUGGUACUGAGCGUCGGGCUGUCGCAAGGCACUGGAAGAAGGGAGCCUGCUGGUCCAGAGCGCGCGUGUGUGCGCGCGUGUGUGUGUGAGAGAUUCGGUAGGAUCCUAGAGACAACGUCUCAUACUGUUUACAAAAUUGUGCAGCUGGUUUCGUGCUGACCCUUAGGGUUGAGUCUGUUGGGUUUUGUUGGGCUAGAAAAAUGAAAAUUUUCAAAUGGCAUUUUCAUUCCUCUGACUGUGAUAUUGAGCUGCUUUGGUGUUAAAGGUGUAAUCUGUACAGAGUUGUAUUUAACAAGAAUAAAAGUAACUUAAGUUUCCUCUAUCAGAUUUUAGUUCUGCACAGAAGUUAAGUGGGAAAAUGCAGCUGUUGCAAAACGUAUAUAGAUAGUGUGUUCAUUUUUUUCAGUAUAUUAUCUGAACUGUGUUAGCAGCAGGUCUGCUUAAACUUAAUCUUGUUGUUAUUGUGAGUCAUUUCCUUUCAUUUGAUAACUAGAACUAAAAGCAUUUUUAACAUUCUUCUCCUGGAAGAAAUGAAUUACUUGAAGCAUGAAAAGCACACCAGGGUGGUUGUUUAUUUAUCAAUUAUGGUUGUAGAUCUAGAAACAAGCAAAGAAACAGCACCUCCACAGCUGCCCUUUUCCUUAGACUCCACUUCAGAGGGGGAUGCGAAGAGGUCAGCCCAGCUCCCAUGACCAUGAAGGUGGCACAGGAAUUACAGUGUGAGUGGCUGUAUCAGAUGUUUUCGUACCUCAGAUUAAAAAUAUUGCUGAGGUCAGAGGCCACACUUUUCAUUACUUUCUUCAGAAGCAGCACAUUUUUGUGACUUCUAUUGUCCUCUGAAAAACAAAAAAAUUAUCUGGAACAUGUUUAUACAAAAGUAAGUCUGGCCAAGUCUAAAUCAAGCUUUUCUGCUGACAUGAAACUGUUGGAAACUGAUCUGAUUUUAUAAGAAACAAUUUUCCCCUCAAGGAGGCGUCUGUAAUUCCAGAACAGCCCAGACCUCAGCUGUACCUCAUGUUCAGUAGUUUUUAUUUGGGUUUGCUUUGUGAGUUAACUAUGGGGGAUUUAACCUCUUUUGCCAAAGAGGAAAGUGUGUGUGUGUGUGUUUUUAAUAGAAAAUACGGACCAAAUUUUUUUUUCCCUAAAGAAUGUAUUAUGACCCUGUUUGUAUGGUUAUCACAUCCUGUGAAAUGUAUAUAUGUUAAAAUAGUGGGGUGCUAGAAGGUCAUGGCAGACUAGCUGCUGGUUAGUGUGGAGGGUAAAUGGUUUACUUUGUGGAGUUUACAUGGUUUUAUGUGCACACUAAUUGUAAUAAACUAUGCCAAACCAAA